UACUGACAGGAAGGAAGGAAGACGCAUUAAAUUCAAACUGAUUCAAAGUAAUAACAUUGAUCAGAGAAUUAAAAUGCUAAAAAAGCAUAAGACCUGGUUUGAACCAUUGUUUGAUUUUGAUGAAAGCGAGCCUCCACCGCAGAAGCUUAAAAGUGAUGUAAACAAACAAGGUACGAGUUCACCAGCCAAGUUUUCAAAAUCGAACACUAUUAAACCAAUGAUUUUUAAUAUCAUUGAUCAAAACCACAUUCGGAAUUUUGAUCCGGUCAAUAUCAAUGACUUGGCCAUACACAACAAAAAGGUUCAAGAAGUUGAAGAUUGGAUAUUAGGUAACAUAAAGAAGAAUACAAGUGAAAUGUUGCUCCUUACUGGACCAGUCGGCUGCGGCAAGAGUGUUACAGUGCUGACUAUAGCUAAAAAACAUAAUGUAAAAAUUACUGAGUGGAUUACACCUAUUGAUAUUGAAUUCCCUAAUGAUAAUGGAGAGUUUGAAUUUAAAGUUAAACAAUCUACUCAAUUUUUGGAUUUUAUUUUAAAUGCAGCCAACUUUACUUCACUGCUUGAUAAUAAUGACAGAAAACUGGUGUUAGUAGAAGAUUUCCCUAACACCUUUAUGAGAACCCCUUCAGAAUUAGUUUAUGUAUUACAACAAUACAAGCAGAGGGCAAAAUCACCAAUUGUUUUCAUUUGUUCUGAAUCAAGUACAGACAAAAAGACCACCAGUGGAAACUUAUUUAGUGAUCAACUGAAGAACCAACUGAAUAUUCAUCAUAUUAGUUUUAAUGGUGUUUCGACAACCGGCUUACGGUCUGCAUUAAAACGAAUGGCAGAGAUAAUAAGUAAAAAGUACAAAUCAAUGUACAAUGCUCCUACAAGUGACCUGAUUGAAUGUGUUGUCAACUCUUCAGCAGGCGACGUCAGGUCAGCCGUAACAAAUUUGCAUUUUGCAUGUUUAAAAGGUACUGAUCAAAGUUUAGAAACCAGUAUAAUAACGGAAAAAGACCAGAAAACUAAAACUAAGAAGAAAAAACCAAAUAGCAAAUUUACUUCAAUAGGAAAAGAUCAAAGUAUCAAUAUUCUUCAUGGAGUUGGAAGAGUUUUAAACCCUAGAGUAGUUGUUGAUGUUAACGGAAGAAGUCAAUUUACACACUCUCCAAGAGAAAUAGUAGAACAAUUUAUUUCUCAACCAAGCUCUUUUGUGAAUUUUAUUGAAGAAAACUACAUGCCACAUUUCUCAAAUUCAGCUCAAAUAGAUAGAGCUGCUUCUACUCUUAGCGACGCUGUCUUCAUGCUUGCGGAAUGGAGGGAAAAGGUGUGUCAAGAAUAUGGGUUAUAUUGCGCAGUAGCUGGUCUAAUGCUGGCUAACAAAGACCCUGUCUCAGCUUGGAAUCCUGUACGUGGGCCUAAAAAUAUGAAAAUCACUUACCCGGUCCCUUCAGAAUUGCAACUUUUAGAAGAAAAUUAUUUGUACAAAGGAAAAACUCUUGUUUCUGAUUACCAAACCUUUUGUAAAAUUAUUAACAGUAAUUAUGAUUAAUGGUAAGAAAGGUAUAAUAAAGAAAUGAUUUAACAUUA